AUGACCCUCUUGUUUGAUGUUGCUGGGAACUUCUAUGGCCAGGAUCGUGAAGGUCGCUUGCCUGUCAAUGGUUUGUGUUCAAAACUCCACUUUGGAUGUAGAAUUCUAUCACCUGAGGAUGAAGAUGAGGCUGAGCCAGGAGAUUACCAUGACAUUGCUAGACAUGGCAUUAUUGAAGUGGCAGGAGAUGAUGUAUAUGGUAGAAAAGUUAUUGUGUUCUCGGCUUGCAAAUUACCUCCAAAAACAGAACUCAAUCAUCAAAGAUUGUUUGAGUUUAUGAAGAUGACCUUAGACCAAUAUGUUGAGAUGGACUAUGUGAUAGUGUAUUUCCAUCAUGGUAUGACAAGCAAGAACAAACCAAAAUUGUCUUGGAUGGUGCAGGUCUAUAGAGAGUUAGACAGAAAAUAUAAGAAGAAUUUGAAAGCCCUGUAUUUGGUCCAUCCUACAAAUUUUAUAAGAAUAUUAUGGAAUAUAUUCAAGCCACUCAUCAGUGCAAAGUUUGGGAGGAAGGUCAUGUAUGUAAACUAUCUACAUGAGUUGAAGGCUCAUCUACACUUUGACCAGCUUAAAGUCCCUCCACUUGUCUUACAAUACAAUGCAAAGAUCCUGUCAACACAGAAGCCAUCUUAUCCAUAUGGUGGUGAUGUACAACGUAACAAUAGCUCACUGAAGACACAGCAGUUUGGUGUUUCUUUAUCACUAAUAAAAGAAAACUAUAAGCAGGUUAUACCACCAGCUGUUCAACAAACUGUUGAAUUCCUCAGAGUUCAUGCGCUGGAUUCAGAGGGUAUUUUCCGACGCACAGCCAAUGCAGCUACUUUGAAACAAGUGCAGCAAAGAUUAAAUAAUGGGGAGACAAUUGAUUUCACAGAGUUUUCAGAUGUCACGAUAGCUGCCGUAACGUUGAAAACAUUCCUAAGAGACUUAUCGGAACCAAUAUUAACAUUUGAGUUGUAUGAACCAAUUAUAAGACUUCAUGGUCAAGAGAAAGAUGAACAGAUCUUGCAGGCAAAGAGAAUGUUGACUGAGGAAUUACCCGAGGAUAACUACACAGUACUGAAGUACAUUCUUGAUCUUCUUACUGAGGUUGCCGCACAUUCAGACAAGAACAAAAUGACCACACAGAACCUUGCAAUUUGUUUUGGACCAAACCUUAUCUGGCCCAAGGGUCAGGCGUCGCUCAACACAAUGGGACAUGUUAACACAUUCGCUCUAUUGCUUUUAGAUAACUUUGAUGAGUUAUUUAACACAGCAACUUCAUAGAACUAAAAAAAAUGGAUGAGAUAGGAUCGUAUUUUGGUACAAUUUAAAAUUUAGAACUGGGAUCAGUUCACAGCACUUCAGAGUGAGACAGGUGUGAGAUGUGUGACAUUUCUGAAAGCUGUUCAUAAAUAUUGGAAUUUCCUAGUCUCCGAGAACAUUUUAUACAUUGAUACUAUGUGGUGAUGGACAGGGAUAAUCGAUGUGUACAGGUGGUCCUCCAGGUUUUGGUCUGUUGUAUAAAUGAGCCGUGUCAUGAGAAAACCAACAUAGUGGCUUUGCGACCAGCAUGGAUCCAGACCAGCCUGCGCAUCCGCGCAGUCUGGUCAGGAUCCAUGCUGUUCGCUAACAGUUUCUCCAAUUUCAAUAGGAUUUAAAAGCGAACAGCAUGGAGCCUGACCAGAUUGCGCUGAUGCGCAGGCUGGUCUGGAUCCAUGCUGGUCGCAUACCCACUACGUUGGUUUUCUCAUGGCAAGGCUCAAAUAGACUUUCUUAGCUUUUGUAAAUAAAUACUAGAAUAAUUUAUAGAACCAUUGAGCAACACUGUCAUCAGUUAGAAAUACCUAUCAUGAAAAAAAAAAUUAGGUGUCGUUAUAAUUCCACUUUUGUCAGUUAGUAUCUUAUAAUGAAAUUUUAAAUCGUUAAGUCCAAACAAAACUAGUUAUUUCAUUAAUUUAUUUUGUCGAUUAAAAGAAUCUCAAAAAAGAGUUUUGUUAUUUAUGAUACUAGGGGCAAGAUUUUUAUGAAAUUAUGAGAAAAUUAGACUAAUUUCGGAUUUUAGUGUACAGUCGACAUUGUAUUAAGAGACCGGACUGCUAAGAAAUGGUCUCUUAAUGGAAUAGUCUCUAAAUGAAUUUCAGUCAGAUGAAAAGGAAAGUUAUUUUUAACUGUUAAUUUAACUGUAUUUAUUAUGAACAUACAUAUGUGAUUUCAAAUCUGUUUUAACAUCGUGAACACUUUUCCAAGUCCACAAACCGUGAAAAUCAUGGCUAGAUUGUUUGUCAGUUUGACUGAUACAAAUGUUAAUUGCAUUCAGUCACGUGCAAAACGUACUCGCUAAUUACACAGAUGAAGAAAUGCCGGGUAGAAUUUUGGUACCCGGUCGCUUAAUAGAUACUUUUGUCGAAUAUAUUACCUGUCGGGACUACAUUACUGUGGUCGCUAAACGUUUCAUAAAAAAGUCGUUUAAUGGAAUGAAUUUAUAUACUGAAAACUUUCGGGAGGGAUUUUGACUGAUCGUUUAAUACAAAAAUCGCUUAAUAGAGGUGGUCGCAAGUACAAUGUCGACUGUAAUCUUUCUGUUUUGAAAUUUGAAAUUUAAAAAAUUAAGUAAAUAAAUUUAUCAUUUUUGAUUUGAAAUGCAUUACAAAUUGAGGAAACAAAUUAUGUUAAACUUCAAAAUCGAAUCAAUCGUGUUACACACUGGCAUAAAGUGUGCUACUUGGUGAAAUUGUGUUAAAGUACCUUCACUGACCAAAAUAUUAUCUUCAAGCUGUGUCCUGUAGAUUUGGUAAAUUUUGCCAUUGUUUCAUUUUCGCUAAUAUUCUGUAAUUCUUAACACUGCAAAUGAGGCUGCAAACUGUGAAAUAGCUUAAUAAAGUAUAUAUGAAAAUUAUCCAGUUCACAAUACCUGGAAACAAAAUUUCAAGAUUUGCCAGUGAAAACAUGUUUGAAGCUGUGACAUCUACCUCAGUGAAGUGUUAAUAAAUACAUUUCCCCUCAAUUAGCUUGGUUUAAUUUGAUAGCGGAAGAGGGGGCCCUUUCACCUUUGUGCUUUGUAUUUUUAUGUCAAAUGACCAGACAAAAGGAAUUAAGGUACACAUUAAAAAUUUGUUUGUGAAAUUCAAAAUAAUGGUAGAGACUUGAUGUGAUAGGAAAUACUAAAGUUUCUCGAAAGAGGGUCAAAAAAUUUGGCAGCAUUUCAUUUAGGUAUUGGUUGCAGGCACUUUCACCUGUAUAUCAUUUACUAUUUUUAUCACAUUUAUUCGGUGCUUAUCACAUAAAUCAUUUAGUGUGUUCAGAUUCAUGCAUUGUAUCAAUUUCUAGAUCCUGAAAUAAACAGGAAAGGGAAAUAACAGUUUGUAUAAAUUGUAAUAGUUUUGCUAAUUAUAAGGCACUGUCAGAACUUUUUCUCAUUACAUGUAUUAAAUCCCAUGUUUUAUCAAAGUAUUUGCAAGAUUUGUUAUAAUUUUUUUAAAGACGAAGCAUUGUCUUAAUCAGUACACUAUUUACAUUACUUUUACCAAAUCAGAUAAAGGGAGGUAAUGAUGAUGUGUCUUGUGUUUUCAGAAGUUCUGGAUUAUCUGUUAUAUAUUCUAACCUUUACCCUGCUAAAUUCUUAAAAUGGACUGAUCCAUCAUUCAAUUUGGACAAUACCACUUAAUAUUCAAAGGGGUGUGUUCACUGAAAAUUUACUGACUGAAAAGGGAAUAGUGCAGAGCAUGAUCAAACUGCAUGGAUGUGCAGGCUGAUCUUGGUCUGCACUGGUCGCAAAGGCAAAAAUCACUUGCCGCCAGAAGGCUAAAGAUAAAUUAGUCUCCAAGGAAAAUAAGUUAAAUGGUAAUUAUUCACAAACACAGCUUUUCAUUUUUGUAUUUGAAUCACAGGUUUCUUUAAUGAAACAGAAUUAAUGGGUUCAUUGUAAAAGAAUUAUAGAACUAUCAUAGAAAUGUUCAUGUUUCAAAUUCAUGGUGUCAGAAAAUCAUAUCACAAGUCACAGAUCUGGACCAGUAGGAUGGUUGAGAAACAAUUCUGUUUAGAACUAUGUUUGUUUAAGAAUGAAAUAAAAAAAGGUUUAAUCACAUGUCGGAGGAAAAGGUACCAUUAUGACAUAUAAAAAAAAUAUGUGUGUAGAAUAGCUGAAGAAGUUUUUGUUUAUGUAUCCAGAUUGUGAAGCAGUGCUUCAGCUGUGAAAUCUUGAAUAUGGGUGGAGGACUAAUUUCUAAUGAUUUCAUGGUUGCAUCAGUUCAUGAAAUUUAAUCCCAACCAGUAAUUUUUUCUACUCUGUGGGAGACAUGCGCUUUUCUCAAAAGCAUCUCUAGUUUAGUUGACUGAUAUUUAUCUUUCAAUGGCAGCCAAAAUUUUAAGGGGAUGUAAAUAUUGUAUCUUAUUUGAUACAUUGUGCUUUGGAUUUGUUCGAGUUAUUUCCCUUCAAUAUCUACAUUUUGCUCUAAAUUCAGAAAUUGUUUUCUGAAACUAAAACAAAGAAAAAUAUUUGCUCAAAUAUUCAUGAUACCUGUUUUGAACAAUACUCAGCCAAAUUGUAAUCUCUUGUGUUAUUCUCUGUAUAUGUGUAAAUUUACUUCCAAGAAAUUUAUAAUUGAGCCGCGCCAUGAGAAAACCAACAUAAUGGGUAUGCGACCAUCAUGGAUCCAGACCAGCCUGCGCAUCCGCACAGUCUGGUCAGGCUCCAUGCUGUUCGCUUUUAAAGCCUAUGGAAUUGGAGAAACUAUUAGCGAACAGCAUGGAUCCUGACCAGACUGCGGGGAUGCGCAGGCUGGUCUAGAUCCAUGCUGGUCGCAUACCCACUAUGUUGGUUUUCCCAUGGCAUGGCUCAAUUAUCUUUUUGUUUGUGAUUUUAGAUACAAGACCCACAAUUAAGAUUAUAGGAAGGUUAAACUGUAUUUUAUCAAUGCCAUUGUUGUGCAGUCUAGGUUCUGGUAAUGUUACUUAAAAAAUGUAAGAAACUUCAGUGACUCUGGGCCUAGACUUUAUUAACAUUGACUGAUGAAUUAAAGAGAAAUAAAACUUAAAUUUAUGUGUUGGUAUAUGCAGGAAGAACCAAGAUUUUCAUGUGCCAGUGUAGUAUAAAUCAGUUAAGAAAUUAACAGAAAAAAUCCUGUGUUUACCAACCAUCCUUUGAGCCGUACCAUGAGAAAUCCUUUGAGCCGUACCAUGAGAAAACCAACAUAAUGCGUUUGCGACCAGCAUGGAUCCAGACCAGCCUGAGCAUCUGUGCAGUCUGGUCAGGAUUGAUGCUGUUCGCUAACAGUUUCUCUAAUUGCAAUAGGCUUUAAAAGUGAACAGCAUGGAUCCUGACCAGACUGCGCGAAUGCGCAGGCUGGCCUGGAUCCAUGCUGGUCACAAAGCCACUAUGUUGGUUUUCUCAUGGCGCAGCUCAUUUUUCCCUUCCUGGUUAAAAUAUCAUACAUUUUUGUUUAUCUGUAAAAGCCAUUUCACAUUUACACAAAAUCAAAAUCAAAAUGAAAAAAAGGCUAAAUUAAUGGGCCAUUUUACGUUCAUGCCAAAACCGAGUUGAAAAGUAAACUGAAACUGAAAGGAUAUUAUUCGCAAAUUGAAAUCCUUGUUCGGUUACUGAAUUUGACCUCAAAAGGGGAAAAAGGUUGCAUUAUUCUACAAUUUCCUUGAUUUACACAUUUAAAGUUGGAGAUUAAUACUUGAAUAUGUGAAAGCUCUAGCCAGUUCUGGAACAAUGAAAUGUCAUCAGAUUGGACUAAGAAAUGGUUUGGUUUAUUUGUGAAAUGGUUUAAUACAUACAUUAUACGUGCUUGUCAUAAAUUAGACAUUCCUGUUGAAUUCUGUGUAUUUGUAUAACAUUGUUUGUUUACUUUGAUGUACCAAUUGUUUUCCUCCUUCAUUUCUGUAUAAAUAUUGAUUUUUUCAUCCAUUAUAUGUAAUUGUAUGGAAUUUGUUAAAAAAAAAUUAUGUAAAAUAUUGUGUAUUAAGUGUGUUGAUUUCAGAAACUGGUGAAAUGAAUUACACAGACUGCAGCAUAGACAUUUUUAGAUUACCUCCUGUGUAAUUAUAUACAUGUAUCCUCAAUAGAUGACAUAUUAUUGUGUUCAUACAGGCAUAUUUAUUGUUACUAUAUACUACAUGUAUAACAUACGCACCAUUUCUGUCUGUAAACUUUUCUUAAAAGUUCAGAUAGGAAGUUAAGAAAAUAAGCUAAACAGAUAAAAUCAUAGAAUAGUUUUUUUCACAGAAUGGGCAAGGAACAUUUCUAUAUAUUACCCUUUUCUCAAGUUACAUAAGAAAUGAUAUACAGUCAAACUACGUUUGUUCGACAUCUGAUAAUUUUAAUACCAUUCUUUGCAUGAACUCUUUUUUCAGGUUUUUGGGCAAAACCUCUGUAUGGCUUGAACUACUUCGAACUCGGAACAAAGUUUGUAGGUCCCAUCAAAUUUCAGCAAACAAAGUUUGACUGUAUAGGAGAAGGAUUUGUUAACCCUUAUCAUGCUGAACACAAGUGAUUAUGCCUUUGUGACCAGUGCAGUUCAUGAUCAGCCUGCGCAUCCAUGCAGUCUGAUCCAGAUCUGUAUGGAUGUGCAGGCUGAUCAUGAUUUUCACUGGUCGCAAAGGCAGCAUCAAUUGUGUCCAGCAUUACAAGGGUUAAAUGUGAAAUAGUAUGACAGAUAGGGCCAGACAAUUUCUUGGUCCAUAUAAGGUUGAAGUGACACCAUUGCUAGCGUGUACUAUAAAAAAAAAACA